UUAGCUGCAGGAAGCAUUAAGAAGGGAAAAGGCUGCAAACGGGACGUGGUAACCCCAACCUUACAGGCGCCCGUAAGGAAAGGACGAGCUGCUUUCUAACUUCUUUUCCCACCGGCUCACACUUUUUUUUUCUUUGCUGCGCUCCCUCACUCCUUAAACUUUAUCUCGUUAAUAAAAAUCCGCACCUUCAGCCCGAGGUGUGUUUUUCUCUCUCUCCGCUGUGCGUAAUUUUGCGCCCAGGACCGAGGAGACGGCGACACCACAACAACACGAGGGCUCGGGAUCAGCUCAGAAAUAUCAGUAACCUUUUUUUUGGGAAAAUGCAAGCCGUCUUGGAUUUCUGUGUGAUUUUCCUCACGCUGCACACUCCCGGCGUGCUGUCCCUGUCCACACAUGUAGCAAUUAUCUACCCACAGGACCCUGUGCUUCGCAUGGGGUCCAACCUGACCGCAAGCUGCUGGGUCCACCCCGAUCUGGGCUUCCAUGCUAGUUCGCUGUUCUGGACGCUGAACGGUCAACAGCUGCCAAGCUCCCUCUACAGAGUACUAAGCCCGACCAACCUCAGUAUUACACUGGCUGGACUUAAUGCCUCAAGGCAAACAUCUGGUGACAACCUCGUCUGUCACAACCACAAGGGACACAUAUUGGCUGGCUCGUGUCUUUAUGUUGGGAUGCCUCCAGAGAAGCCGGUCAAUUUAACCUGCUGGUCCAGGAACACCAAAGACCUGACGUGCAGCUGGGCUCCUGGAGGAAAAGGAGAGACUAAUAUCAGCACACAGUACAAGCUCAAGUACAAACUCAGAUGGCAUGAUACAGAAAAAGAGUGUGUGGAUUAUACUCACACUCAGCCAUACUCCUGCUGCAUCACAGAGGACCUGCACCUCUUCACACCGUACGAGAUCUGGGUGGAGGCCACCAACCAGCUGGGUCGGGCUUCCUCUGAUGUCAUCACCCUUGACAUAUUAGACGUGGUCACCACAGACCCUCCGUCAGGUGUGACGGUCAGCCGCGUGGGCCAGUUGGAGGACCAGCUCAGUGUUCGCUGGGAGGCCCCACCCGCCCUCAAAGACUUUCUGUUUCAGGCCAAGUAUCAGAUCCGCUACAGGCUGGAGGAUAGCCAGGACUGGAAGGUGAUGGAUGACGUUGGCAAUCAGACCUCUUGCAGACUGGCCGGACUGAGACCUGGAACAGUGUACUUUGUCCAGGUUCGCUGCAACCCCGUGGGCAUCUACGGCUCUCGCAAAGCCGGGAUCUGGAGCGAGUGGAGCCACCCCACAGCUGCCUCCACUCCCCACAGUGAGCGUCUCAUGUCGGGCUCCUGUGACUCAAAGUCCAGCGGCGACUCCAACUCCACCCUGCGCAGGGAGCUGAAGCAGUUCUUCGGCUGGGUGCGGAAACACGCCUACGGCUGCAGCAGCAUGUCCAUGAAGCUGUACGACCAGUGGAGAGUGCUGAUGCAGAAAUCCCACAAAACUCGCAACCAGGUAGGUUCUCCAAGGGGAUAAGUCAUAGCACAUGCUGACAGAAAAAACAAAGAACUGAGUGAAUGGAGCUUGUGUUUUUGUUUAUACGUGUGAAUGCGAGAUGAGAAAAAAGGAGACUGCGUUGGUAUAUCAGAUUUAUAAAGACAAUUUGCGUCGCCAAUUGAGCUGAUGCCAGCCGUGGCUGCGAGAGGACAUCUGAAGGAGAACUGUGGGAUCUGCCCCUUCCCUGCAACAUUUCCAGACAGCGCGAUCACUCAGGCGCACAGGUGCGAAUGGCUGAGACGGUUUCCUCAUCACCGACAUCCGGGCAACUCUGCUUUCAAACCACAUUGUGUAACGACUAUUUUUUGGACAGUCUGUAAACCCAAUUGACGUGUAUUUGGUGUGAAUUUAUACAGAUAUGAUCAAAUCAAAUGCAAUCUUGCCUGAAGCGUUUGCCGACGCAUCUGAACGUCUCGAGUGUUGCGCUGUGGUUUCUCCUCUGGAUCCAAAGCACCAUCUAGUGGCUGUUCAGCGCCCAUGAAUCCGCCAGUCGAUGCCUUCCCCAAGGUCUCAAUGCCAAAAGAAAAAAAAGCAGUAGAUUUAUGAUGCAGUAUUUCUAAUUUCUAAAGCUUUUGUUAUAUAGAUGGUUCAUGUGCCAAACUGGUUCACCCAGCAUUCAUGUGUUUCUGAGUGUAUGAGACUGAUGGAAUGAUGGCGUUGUGUGUGGAAACGUUUAAUUGCCUUUAUUUUUGUACUGAAAUGUAACAGCAUAUUUAAAGUAUAAAGUUAAGUUUUAUAAUUGUUAAAUUAUGUUUAGUUAGUAAAGACUGUACAAUGACUGAAGUUGUUAUCAAUCACUAACAGUGCUCUAUAAAGAUUCUG